AUGACAAUGGCCACCCCGGCCACGCCUUCCACCUCCACCCACUCCCCCUCCGCCUCUGUGCACUCGCAUCUCUCCCGCCGCCUCACCAACAGAAUGACCAACCGUUACUCUGUCAACGCCAUGUACUCUCUCGCCGCCGAGCAGGAUAUCGAGCUUGAAGACGAGCUUUCCCGAGCGCAAAAGAAGCUGCGAGACCUCAAGUCCAGGAUCUCGUCCCAGUCGAAAAAGAACUUUGUGCUGGAGAGGGACGUGCGAUAUCUCGAUUCGAGGAUUGCGCUCCUGAUCCAAAACAGGAUGGCUGCGGAUGAAAAGAGGCAGGUGGCAGAGACGUUGGAGGAUGUGGAUGAGGAUAGCGGGCUGUGGCCGGAUGAGAAGAAGAUGGGGCAGUAUGCCAACUUGUUCUUUUUGUUGCAGAGCGAGCCCAGGCAUAUCGCUAGUCUGUGUAGGCUCGUUAGCCUGUCCGAGAUUGACACCUUGCUUCAGACGGUCAUGUUUACGCUCUAUGGUAAUCAGUACGAGCAGAGGGAAGAGCAUUUGCUGUUGACAAUGUUCCAGAGCGUACUAUCCGCCCAAUUCGAAACGACCACCGAAUUCGGCUCCCUCCUCCGUGCCAACACCCCCGUCUCCAGAAUGAUGACCACCUACACACGGCGUGGACCCGGUCAGAGCUACCUCAAAGGCGUAUUGGCGGACAGGAUCAACAGUCUCAUCGAGCACAAGGAUUUGAACCUAGAGAUUAACCCUCUCAAAGUGUAUGAACAGAUGAUCCAGCAGAUUGAGGAAGAUACCGGCAGGCUGCCGCCCUCUCUACCCCGAGGCGUACCGCCAGAAGUCGCGGCUGCCAACUCGGACGUACAAGCCAUCAUCAUCCCUCGCAUCACCAUGCUUAUGGAAAUCGCCAACUCGUUCCUGUCGACUAUUAUCGACAGUCUUGAUUCGGUGCCGUAUGGGAUUAGGUGGAUCUGCAAACAGAUCAGGAGCUUGACGAGAAGAAAGUAUCCGGAUGCUACGGAUGCGAGUAUUUGCUCGCUUAUUGGUGGAUUCUUCUUUCUUCGAUUCAUCAACCCGGCCAUCGUCACUCCGCAGGCAUACAUGCUUGUCGACGGCGUCCCUGCCAAACACCCCCGUCGAACGUUGACUCUGAUCGCAAAGAUGCUGCAAAACCUGGCAAACAAACCGAGUUAUGCGAAAGAGCAGUAUAUGAUGUCGCUCAACCCGUUUGUGGAGAACAACAAGGCGAGGAUGAACCAGUUUUUGAAUGCUCUGUGUGAGGUUGGAGACUUUUAUGAGUCUCUCGAGUUGGACCAAUAUAUGGCACUGUCAAAGAAGGACCUGCAAAUCAACAUUACCUUGAAUGAGCUGUACAACACGCAUUCGUUGUUGAUGCAACAUAUGGACGUCCUGUCUCCAAACGACAAACACCACCUCCGCAUCCUACUCGACGAACUCGGCGCCGCCCCCGCCCAAGUGCCGCGUAAAGAAAACCGCUCCAUCGAGCUCCCCCUCUACUCGCGCUGGGAAACCCCCAUCCAAGACUUGUCCACCUCCCUCAUGUCGGAUUCCGUCACGCAAAACGACAUCAACUAUAUGGAGACGAAGUCCAUCUUUGUGCAGCUGCUUCGUUCGAUGCCGACUAUAGCGGACAAGAGGCCAAUCAACUUGGGCGCGCUGGCGGAGAAGGCGGCUACGAGUAAAGACCCGGUGCUCGUCCGACGGGGGAUCAAAGUUCAAGCGCUGCUUACAGAGCUGGAUGCUGCUGGGGUAAUCGAUCGCGCGGACGAGUACAAGCUCAUGCAAGAUGAGGUCUCUGCCGAGAUGGUGCACCUGGGGAAUGCCAGAGAGAAAGUCGUGCUCGAAGCGCGGUCUUUGGAGUCAGUCUACAAGACGAUCUGCGAUCACAACAAUUACCUGAGGGGGCAGUUGGAGCAGUACAAGGCGUAUUUGCAGAAUGUGAGGUUGACGAGUAGUAAGGAUAAGGGCGCGACGGGGGUGGGAGUGGUGACGGUGAAUGGAAAGGAGAAGAAGCAGGUGGAUAAGAAGAUGUUGGGGCCGUACAUGUUUAAGCAUAGGGAGUUUGAGAAGGAGGGGAUUAUCAUGGAGAGUAAUGUCCCGGAGAAUCGACGGAUGAACAUUUACUUUAUGAUCACCUCCCCCGCUCCCGGCACAUUCAUCAUCGCCCUCCAUUUCAAAGGACGCGACAAGCCGAUAUUGGAGAUGGAUCUCAAGAUUGAUGAUUUGCUGGAAAAGCAAAAAGAUCAGCAGGCCAUGUUGGAUCUGGAGUAUGUGCAGCUGAAUGUGCCGAAAGUGUUGGCGCUGUUCAACAAGCUUUUUUCAAAGAAGCGAUAA